CAAAGGACCUCCGGAGGAUCGGUAAAGGUUAAAAAUGUAAAGGAAUUUGUCUACGGGAAUCUCAAACACAACUCACCAGUUUUGCUGUCUUUGUCCAGAUAUUUAAGAAGUGCAGCAAGGGUUUCACACGAUCAUCCUUCCUGCUCAGACGGUGGGGAGGGAUUCACUCGAUUGUCCUUCCUGCUCAGACUGUAUGGAGGGAUUCACUCUGUCAUCUAACUGACUGGCACACCCAUCGUUUUACAUGGGAGUUCACCUGCUCAGACAGUGGGAAUGGAUUCACUCGGUCAUUUCAACUGAAGGUACUUCAGCAAGUUCACACUGGGCAGAGGCUGGACAUCUGCUGAACUUGUGGGAAAGGAUUCACUCGGUCAUCUGACCUAAUGGCUCACCAGCGAGUUCACACCAGGGAGUGGCCGUUCACCUGCUCAGACUCUGGGAAGGGAUUCACUCGGUCAUCUGAAGUAAUGGCUCACCAGCGAGUUCACACUGGGGAGAGGCCGUUCAUCUGCUCAGAAUGUGGAAAGGGAUUCAUUUCGCCAUCUAAACUGAAGAUACAUCAGAGAGUUCACACUGGAGAGAGGCCAUUCACCUGCUCAGAUUGUGGGAAGGGAUUCACUCAGUCAUCCUACCUACUGGUACACCAGUCAGUUCACACUGGGGAAAGGGCGUUCACUUGCUCAGAGUGUGGGAAAGGAUUUACUCAAUCAUCCACCCUAAUGGCUCACCAGCGAGUUCAUAGUGGGGAGCGGCUGUUCACCUGCUCGGACUGUGGGAGGGGGUUCACUCGGUCAUAUAAACUGAAGGUACAUCAGCGAGUUCACACUGGAGAGAGGCCAUUCACCUGCUCGGACUGUGGGAAGGGAUUCACUCAGUCAUCUGUACUGAAGUUACAUCAGCGAGUUCACACUGGGGAGCGGCCGUUCACCUGCUCAGACUGUGGGAAGGGAUUCACUUGCUCAUCUCAACUGAAGGUACAUCAGCGAGUUCAUACUGGGGAGAGGCCGUUCAGCUGUUCAGUCUGUGGGAAGGGAUUCACUUUGUCACCUCACCUACUGAGACACCAGUUAGUUCACACUGGGGAGUGGCCAUUCACUUGCUCAGUCUGUGGAAAGGGAUUCACUGAAUCAUCUGUCCUGCAGAGACACCAAUCAGUUCACACUGGCAAGUGGCAGUUCACCUGCUCAGACUGUGGGAAGGGAUUCAAUCGGUCAUCUCACCUGCUGUUACACCAGUCAGCCCAUACAGGGAAAGGGCCGUUCACCUGCUCAGUCUGUGGGAAGGGUUUCAUUUCAUCAUCUCAACUGAAGAUACAUCAGCGAUUUCACACCGGGGAGAGGCCUUUCUCCUGCACAGACUGUGGGAAGGGAUUCACUAUGUCAUCUCAUCUGAAGGUACACCAGCGAGUUCACACUGGGGAGAGGCCAUUCACUUGCUCAGACUGUGGGAAGGGAUUCACUUCGUCAUCUCAACAGAAGGUACAUCAGAGAGUUCACACUGGGGAGAGGCCAUUCACCUGCUCAGACUGUGGGAAGGGAUUCACUUCGUCAUCUCAACUGAAGGUACAUCAGAGAGUUCACACUGGGGAGAGGCCGUUCACCUGCUCAGACUGUGGGAAGGGAUUCACUCGGACAUAUCAACUACAGAGACACCAGCGAGUUCACACUGGGUAGAGGCCAAUUUCAUGCUCAGACUUUGGGAAAAAAUUCUCUCAGCUAAAUCAACCAAUGUAUAUCACUGUUGACACUGGGGAUAUUCCGUUCACCUGCUGUGAAUGUGGGAACCAAUUCACUCAGUGAACUAACCUUAUGUAGCUCUUGCUUUGGCUAGUAGCUUAAUAUAACGGGUGAUAGACCCCAGCCUGGCUAAACUUAAGAAAUAUCAUUUGGAUGGAUGCUGUGUGAUGUGUCCCCUGCUACAAAUCAGAACCCUGAAAUAACAGUAAACAAUAUGUGAUUAAACAAUUGAGCUUUGUAAUUCAUACUUUGACCAGAGGGUUAGUAAAGAAAACAAAUUUAAGAAAAAGAAAAAGGACCCACUCUCUCCAUUUGCAUUUUCUCAUUUCUCCCUGGCAAAAGACCAUGAAAAUCUCUCUUCCAGACUCACAAGAAAGAACAUUUCUGUCAUUGGAUAGCCCCAUAGUCGUAGCCUAAACAUUGCUGCUACUGAGAAACCAUUACCUCAGCUGGGAAACUUUACUGAGAGGUCCUUACAUUAGCAGUGAAACCUUACAGCAUGUAAGACUUGUGACACACUACUGGGUUCACACUGGGGAGAAAGUUUCAAUGAGCUGCAUGCUGGAUAUUUGUCCAUCACCAUUGCUGAA